UUAUCUGUGCUCAAUAACAAACUCUCUCUCUCUCCUCAACGAUUCUAUCUUUUGUAUUCCUCUCCUUCCCUCAACUAAGCUCUGCUAUAGAAAUCUCAACAAAAAUGAGAUCUGAACGUUUGUAAAAACCCGAACCGGCUAUUGACCCGAGAAUCAGCUGCUGGUGCUCUUCUGCCAGUGUCACAGAGAUUUAUUAAGCUCAAAAAGCCAUGGCUGAUAAACCUGCCCCGGAACCCAGAUCCUCAACCUUCUCCUCCGCCGUCAACGGUGGCAAAACCCUGGAGGAAUGCCAAGACAUGAUUCAACGAAGCUUCCGGAUUCCAAUGGUGAAAUUUCUGUUGAAGCAUUUGGAGCAAGCUGGAUGUGGGAUUGGGAACAGGUUCAUCAAGGCCGUUCAUUGCGACAAGCAGAUUGCUGGCGAUUAUGCCCGCGGCAAAGGGAUACGGGUAUGUGGUAAUCACAUGAACAUUCAAGAUGAAGUCGACCAAAUGGUGAUACGUGGGCUAAUUCAUGCUUUUGACAAUUGUCGUGCUGCAAACUUGAACUGGGCUAAUUGUGCACAUUAUGCUUGUAUGGAGAUUCGUGCUGGCCAUCUAAGCGGUGAUUGCCACUAUAAACGGGAAUUGCUGAGGGGUUUUGUAAAGAUUCGAGGUCAUGAAUAAGUGAGUUAUUCAGCUUUAUUUGCAAUAAGAACUUAAGAGAAACAGUGCCAUUCCCUGAUUUUUUGUUAGUUGUGUAAGAUAUAUUUUAAUUGGAAGUUCAUUUUAUUCGAGAAAUUUCCUCAAAUUUUCUAUUUAAGAUGAAUG